UGGCUCUUGGCUCGGGCUUUAUAUACAAAUGUUAUUUUACCAUGACAGAUGUUUACCAAAUUUGUUAUUUUCUGCUCAAAUCGUAUGUGGCUUCGUAUAUAUGUUGUCCAUAUCGGCAUAAAUUAUUUUGUGUACCCAACACUAACUUAUUAGAGAGUUAUAUAUUCAGAAAAAAAAAACUCACUCAAAAUACAAACGCCGAAUAGUUGCCGAUAGAACGAAGAUUUCGUUGUAGGGAGAAACUACUUGGGCACUCAGUCGCUAUCGAAACGGCGAACUAAACUCAUCGUCGGACGGUUGCACGGCGACAGUGGUAGAUAAGAAUUAGUUUUUUUUAAUAAAAACACACACACGGACAACUAAGGAUCUGUACCGCCCCUAAAAGGACACACAAAUCAAAAUUUGUUUUAAACUCUUACUCCGAUCACAACCACAAAAAUGAUCAUCAGACGUGGCGAUAUUUUAACCAAGCAUUUAAGUCGCAAAAGUUUUGCUACAAAAUACCCAGCUAAGCAUUUCUCGAUAGCUGUUCGUAGCCUAUCAGCAUCCACAUGCAGCCCAACCACACCGUGGGAGAGCAAUCAAAGCUAUUUCUGCCACAAGAGCAAAAACCCAUUAGUUUAUCGUAACGUCGGGCAAGAAUUGGAGAAGGCUGCUAGGAUCCAUGGAACUACAGAAGCAAUUGUGUCCUACCAUGAGAAUAAACGUUAUACGUUUAAGACCCUGCUCGAAGAAGUGGAUCGCAUUGCUGCCGGCUUUCUCAAGUUGGGACUGCAGAAAGGUGAUCGAGUGGGCUUAUGGGGGCCCAACAACAUGCACUGGUACUUGUCAAUGAUGGGUGCCUGUCGAGCUGGUCUCGUCUCGGUUGGCAUCAAUCCAGCAUUUCAAGCUCCCGAACUGGAAUAUUGUUUAAAGAAAGUCAAUGUGAAGGCCAUUGUCUCCCCACUGACGCACAGAUCACACAACUACUAUGAAAUUAUAAGUUCACUGUGUCCAGAGAUUGCGUCGAGCCAGAAAGGCGAUCUUAAAAGUAACAAUUUGCCUCAUUUAAAAGCGGUGAUCAUCGAUACAGAGGAAAAUCUUAAAGGAGCAUUGAAGUUUAACGAACUAUUGGAUAUUGGUAAUGGAGGAGAUCUGAAAGAAAUUGAAAAUCUACAACCCCACAUCAUACCAGACUCACCGUGCAACAUUCAAUUCACAUCGGGCACGACGGGUCAACCAAAAGCUGCCGUCCUUUCCCACUACAACUUCGUCAAUAAUGGCAUCCAUAUUGGACAUCGUAAUCAGACAUUUGGUGCAAGGAUAUGUGUGCAGGUGCCCCUCUUCCACGCGUUUGGCGUUGUCGUGACCAUGAUGCCAGCCUUGACACAUGGUGGGACGUUGGUUUUACCCUCCCCCGCAUUCAAUCCGGAAGCAUCUCUGAGGUCCAUAGUAGAUGAGAAAUGUACCGUUAUCCAUGGAACACCAACAAUGUAUGUGGAUGUGAUUCGGAAGCAAAAGGAACUGGAUUUGCCCUUGAGUACGCUAAAAAUGGCAGUGACCGGCGGAGCCAUCUGUACACCGCAACUAUUCCUUGACAUGCAGAACAUUUUGAAAGUAAAGGAGUUCCGCAACGUUUAUGGUCUAACGGAGGCAACAGCGUCUAUUUUCCAAACGGGACCUAAUGAUUCCGUUGAACAAAUCCUAAACACGGUGGGUCAUGUACAAGAUGAUCUUGAGGUCAAAGUUGUCGAUACGAAUGGCAACACUGUGCCGUUUGGCCAGCCUGGAGAGUUGUGCGUUCGAGGCUACAGUACAAUGCUUGGCUAUUAUGGAGAUGAGGCGAAAACAAGGGAAACCAUUGGAGCCGAUAAGUGGCUGCGUACAGGGGAUCAAUUUGUUUUGCAGCCCGAUGGAUAUGGCCGCAUUGUAGGACGUCUAAAGGAAAUGAUCAUCAGAGGUGGCGAAAAUAUAUUCCCCAAAGAAAUCGAAGACUUCCUCAAUACCCACGAUAAUAUCAUAGAAGCCCAUGUGAUUGGUGUUCCAGACGAACGCUUGGGCGAAGAACUGUGCGCCUUUGUGCGUUUACAAGACAACACCAAAGCAAUAACCCGCGAUACUCUUAAGGAAUUUUCCCAUGGAAAAUUGGCCUAUUUCAAAGUUCCUCGCUAUGUUGUAAUAGUUGACGAAUUUCCAAAAACAACGUCGGGAAAAAUUCAAAAGUUCAAAUUGCUCGAACAAUUCCAGCGAAUCCAAAAAGGUGAUAUGGCAAAAGAAGUUAGAAAUUAGUUACAUUUAGGUUAUACUCGUACUGUGUGUUUUUUUAAUAUUUUGUGAUAUACGUAUGUACUUUUGUAAAUAA